ACUGGCGUAUUCAUAGACUGCAAUGGGUCCACCACAAGAGUUCUGACCUCGGCAAGUUUGGUUAGAACUUCUGACGAUGAAAACAAGGUUGCUGAUAACCUUAAGAUUGUAGUGUGCCUUCCAGAUAAUCGUCAUACCAGAGGGACAUUGCAACAUUACAGUCUACACUAUAACAUUGCCGUAGUCCACAUCAAGAAUUUCUGCUGUACUCAGACAGCACAAAUCGAUAACCAGAUGCUAAUUAAACCUCGGAAGGAGGUAGUAGCUAUAGGGCGCAUCUACCAAUAAGACAAAUUAAUGGCCACAAGUGGGAUCGUGAUUGACAAACCAAGUAAGCUUGGUUGCAAAGAGCUUAAGAUUUCCACCUGUAAAAUCACCAAGGCUGGGAUUGGAGGGCCUCUUAUUGAUUUUGAUGGAAAUUUUAUUGGCAUGAACUUCUAUGGCUUGGAAGAGGCUCCAUACAUACCAGUGAAUAUAAUUCAAAAAGUCUUGAAGAAUUUUGAUGCACAAGGGACUGUUGCUAGAGACGAUGAUGAUAGCCCAAACAGAUGGCCCGUGCCUAAGCCAUUUUGGUGCUAUCCCAAAUGGCACGAGCUUGAGGAAGGAAUAGAUGUGGAAGAAGAAAUUAUAUAUCAGCGGCAGCGACAACAAUUCUAACCUGAUGAAGUGCAUCUCGAUGCAUGUGCGCCUAUCUUGUCCUCAA